CAAUUUGGUCGCUUUUUGAUCUUGAUCUCAUCACAAAGAGAAACAAGGUCAAAACCACUCAAAAAUAUAGGAAACAAAUCUUUCUAAAUACUUUGAGGCGCCAUAUUUUGCAUAGUCCACGCGCCACAAUAAAUAAUUAUGCUAACUACUGCUACCUUCUCCAAGGCGGAAUAUUUUGUCAUUUACAUUUUACUCGUGACCGUUCAACGGUUUGAAACUGCUCCGAAUGGAAAGGAUGAGUAUGAUUUUGAAGAAGUAACGUUGGACCAGGAGGUCACUCCAAGCGUGGAUGUAGAAUACCACACAGAGGAGCCAAGAACUGCAUAUGUUGAUCCGGCAUGGGAAUGUGGACGAUCCCCAGUUUUGAAUGGAGUGGACAGUUAUCAUCCUCCUGAUUUUUUGACUGGUGACAAUUCAGACAAUAAUGGUAACAGUCAGACACCUCGAAAGAAGGUUCCGCCCGGUUUGAUCAUAAACGGGACGGAGGUUCAGAGGGGAGAAAUUCCGUGGAUGGUGGCCAUUACGAAAUACCAGUACAACAGGGUUCCCAGGUGGAAAGUGGUUUGUGGGGGUGUCCUGCUAAAUGAUCGAUUCGUCCUUACAGCCAGUCAUUGCCUGCAAGGACGGUAUAAAGAUACUCUCGAAGUGGUUUUCAAUGUGGAUGAUUCCUCCCUAAUCACAAAUGAUGUCCGAGUGAUCCGAAGGAAAAUUAAGAGAGUGAUCCUCCAUCCGGAGUAUAAUUCGGUCACGAUCGACAACGACAUUGCCUUGAUAGAAAUCACGAAACCCUUGGAAAUAUCAGAGGUUGCUCGAAAUGUUUGGCCAGUGUGUCUGCCAGCACACGACGACGAGGACUACUCCCACAUUGGCACCGUGGCAGGUUGGGGGUACACAAAAUGGAUCGAAAACAAAGCAGCACCAGCAAACGCGUCCGCAUAUCUUCGGAAAGUUUAUAUUCCUAUCUUGACCCAUGAAGAAUGUCUUCAAACCAAGCUUCCCAGCAAGAAUAAUGUCACGGAAAAUAUGUUAUGCGCUGGAUAUGUUGAAGACGGUGGUAAAGACUCGUGUCUCAAUGAUUCAGGCGGACCGUUGACCGUAGAAGAGAAUGGCAGGACUCGAGUCGUUGGCAUUGUUUCGUGGGGGAUCGGGUGCGGUCUGAAGGGGUACCCAGGAGUGUACACAAGAGUCAUGAAAUAUCUAGACUGGAUACAUGGAUAUAUUGGGGAUUCCAGUUACAAAAUUACAUAAAAUGUGGAAUAACACUUCUGAACAAGACAUAUUUAUUUAAUAAUUGAUAUAAUUAUACAUACUUCACAGAACAGCGGAAUAUAAAUAAAAUGCACUCUUGUGGGCGAAAAAACACUAUAAGUGCAAAUAAAUAGUAAUUAAAUAAUAAAUUAAUCAGAGAUAAUUUGCUACAUCUUAAUAUCGGUAUUUUCAGAAAAUAACUGAUUGAGUAAUCUUUGGGUAAGUCAACAAUUAUAGAUCGAUUGUGAGAAAAGUUCAAAUACAAUCAUAAGCCAACUCUACUUAUUUAUUGCUCAAACCUGUCUUUAUAUAUUAUUCUGUAGAUAUUCGUAAUAUACAUUUUAUCCACAUUUCAUCUUUUAGUUAUCAUUAAAAAA